CACUCCUGCAGCGGCAAAACAAAGAGCAAGAUGGAAAAGUCAUUGUGCCUGUUGGCCGCGGUGAUUUUUCUGGCAGCGCCGACGACGACGAUCGAUGCGACGACCGAGAGCCAUCCGCUCCCCACCUACACGGCUACGACCGCGACUGGAAGCGGGACAGCGGGGGAUCGGAGCGGGGACCGACCGACGGCGGCCGCGGCAGAGGCAGAGCUGCCCACCACCGCCGCCGUCGGAGGCAAACAGCUGGAAGCCAAACGCAUCAGCCGAGACAGCGAAGAGGAGCAGGGAGGAGAAAAAGGGGACAGAGAGACAGAAGAUGAGAAAACUCAACUGGACUGUCCUCCCCUCGGCCUGGAGUCCCUGCGGGUUGACGACAGCCAGUUCCGAGCUUCUUCCUACCAACGGACCGGCCUGGGCCCCCACAGGGGGAGGCUGAACAUCCAGUCUGGCAUUGAAGACGGGGACAUCUACGAUGGAGCCUGGUGUGCAGAGUACAAAGACCGGCACCAGUGGCUUGAGGUGGAUGCCAUCCACCUCACCCUCUUCACUGGAGUCAUCCUGCAAGGCCGAAACUCCAUAUGGAGCUGGGACUGGGUCCAAACAUACAAAGUGCAGCUGAGUAAUGACUCUGUGAACUGGGAAACCUGCAAGAAUGGGACAGAGGAAGCGAUAUUUCAAGGGAACCAGAAUCCAGAGACCUCAGUGCUCGGAGUCCUCCCUGUUGCCACUGUCGCCCGUUUCAUCCGCAUCAACCCGCAGACCUGGUACCCCAACGGCACCAUCUGCCUCAGGGCUGAGAUACUCGGCUGUCGUGUUGACGAUCCAACUGACGUCUACGCCUCAGAGCGAGAACCGGAUUUGAAGGACAGUCUGGACUUCAGACACCACAACUACAAAGAGAUGAGAAAGCUCAUGAAGUCUGUGGCCGAGGAGUGCCCGGACAUCACCCGCAUCUACUCCAUCGGGAAGAGCUACACGGGCCUCAAACUCUACGUCAUGGAGAUCUCGGAUAACCCCGGCAAACAUGAACUCGGCGAGCCAGAGUUUCGCUAUGUGGCGGGGAUGCACGGGAAUGAGGUUCUUGGCCGAGAGCUGGUCCUCAACCUCAUGCAGUACUUUUGCAGAGAGUACAAGAAGGGCAACCAGCGUAUUGUGCGACUGGUCACCGAGACAAGAAUUCACCUCCUGCCCUCCAUGAACCCCGAUGGGUAUGAAGCAGCUUACAAGAAGGGCUCAGAACUGGCCGGCUGGGCUGACGGACGAUACAGCUUUGAAGGAAUCGACCUGAAUCACAACUUUCCAGACUUGAACAACAACAUGUGGGAUGCCCAGGAGAAAGCAGGGGAUACCUCCAAAGUCUCCAACCACUACAUCCCCAUCCCAGAGUACUACACCAAAGAAGACGCUUUUGUUGCACCUGAGACCCGCGCCGUCAUCAGCUGGAUGCAGGACAUUCCCUUCGUGCUCAGCGCGAACUUCCACGGCGGGGAACUGGUGGUUACGUAUCCCUUCGACUGCACCCGCGACUGGGCCCCUCAGGAAAACACCCCCACAGCAGACAACGCUUUCUUCCGCUGGCUGGCCUCCGUCUACGCCUCCACUCACCUGGUGAUGGCCAACCCCGACCGCCGCCUCUGCCACUACGAGGACUUCCAGGCACACAGCAACAUCAUCAACGGUGGAGCCUGGCACACCGUCCCCGGCAGCAUGAAUGACUUCAGUUACCUGCACACCAACUGCUUUGAGGUGACGGUGGAGCUGUCCUGCGAUAAGUUCCCCCAUGUCAGUGAGCUUCCCAUCGAGUGGGAGAACAACAAGGAGUCUCUGCUGGUUUACAUGGAGCAGGUUCACAGAGGGAUUAAAGGUGUGGUGAGGGACAAGCUGACCAAACAAGGAAUUGCAGAUGCUGUAAUCAAGGUGGAGGACCACGACCAUGACAUCCGAUCAGCUCCUGACGGAGACUACUGGCGUCUUAUGAACCCGGGCGAGUACAAGGUGGUGGUUUGGGCUGAGGGUUACUUCCCGUCCGCGCGUCGAUGCAACGUUGGGCUUGAGCCACAUCCCACCGUCUGCGACUUCACCCUCACCAAAACGCCCAUUCAGAGGCUGAGGGAGGUCCGGGCCAAAGGAGGGAAGAUCCCCCAGGACCUUCAGCUGCGCCUCCGAGCUCUGCGGCUCCGUAAGCUUCGCACCAGCACCAAGGCCAUCAACCGCCGCAGGGAGAGCCAGCGGCUGCAGCAGGAACAGCUGCUGCAGAGGAGGAGGGCUCGGUCCUCCGGAGCCCGGAGAGUAUGAGAGGAGAGGGGACGACGGGCUGAGGAAGCCUCAGAGAUGAGCUGGGUAAUGGGUUAAAUAAGGUCAUUCCAAGAUGAGAGAAAUGCUACCUGGGAAAAGUGACGUGUUUCUACUGUUACUGAUAUUAAAGGGUCAGUUCACCCAGUUUACAAAAACAAAAUGUUCUGCAUAGCUCCAGAGAUAUCAAGACAUGCAGACAGUUCUGUGUGCUGAGGUUUCAAAAUACACACAACUUUAAAAUUCCACAGUUUUGUACUUGGGUGUGCCGAUCCUUUAAGUCAGAUUACCCUAUGACAGUCUCACAAACGCUUACAAACAUUGACAGGGUAGUCAAAAAGCAGGGUUUUUUUUUUUUUAUACAAAAACAAAGAUACAAGCCAAAAACCAUAAGAUUCAACAUAACUUCUAAAAAGUUGCACAAACAAGUUCUGGAUAGGAUAAUGGCCAUCUACAUGUUUAUGGACAGGUAUCCUUGAGUGAUAAUCUUCAAAGUCACUUAACUAGUCUUUCUGUUUAGUUUGUUAACUGUUCACUUCAUCAUUAACGCUGUAAAGAGACUGAGUUGAGGAUUCAAGUGUCAGCUGGCCUGAUAUGUGUGAUGUUUUUUCUAACGCUGUGUCUGUUUUUGUGUGUUUGUAUGAAGUCCAACGGGACCAUGAACGCUCAAAUAAACGUUCCUUA